AUGUCCCAUUCGCAUUCUCACGGACGUCACGGGCACGGACAUGGGCACGGGCACCAUCACGCCGACGGACAUGGGCACGACGGGCACAACCACUCCGAAGCGGACAAACCCCUGUCCUCGACGCCUAACUCCCUGCACGCGCAGAUCGACAUCCCCAACGUUAUGGUGCUUAAUGCUAGUGAUUCGGAAGGCGCAGGCGCGGGGAGGGAGGUGUUAAAGCCCCAUGCGGAGAGAGAAGAUGAGCGUGUUUACGUCCAGUCAGACGCAGAUGAUCAGCUUAUAUUCCGUAUCCCCUUCACGGCGAACGUCAAGCUUCGCUCACUGAUGCUCAAGACCGGCCCCGGCGAGCAGACUGCGGAAAAAGUACUGCUCUUCCCGAACGAGGAUAAUCUAGACUUCUCCGACGUGGCUGAGCGCACGCCUGCCCAGGAGUUGGAGUGUCCUCAGGCGAGGGAGGCGGUCGAGUACCCGCUCAAGGCGGCAAAGUUCUCCUCUUGUCGGUCUAUCACGUUGUUCGUCCCUGCCUCAGUCGGAGGGGAGACGACGCGUGUCUAUUAUAUCGGUUUCUACGGCGAGUGGCAGCCUUUGCAGGACAAGCCCGUCAUUGCCGUGUACGAGAGCAAGCCGCAGGUGGCCGACCAUCCCAAGGUCCCAGGAACGGAUAUGGGCAUGAAUUGGGGUAGCCACUAG